CUCACCACACAUCAUUCAUAUCAAAGAGCUCAGCUCAUCAUGUACUCGAAAUUCUGGCCCAAGGGUGGUAUCCCCGGUAUCCUCCACCACUUCACCGAAACCCUUGUUACCUUCGAAUACACAACGGGUCAAGUCCGCCAACCACACAGUCUCCUUUUCGUGGGCGGGUUAGGCGAUGGCAUUGGCACCACCUCCUACGUCGCCGACAUGGCGAGCGCGAUGGCGCAGAGCGAAUUCUCCAUCUUCAUGCUCAACCUGACCUCCUCGUACAACUCGUGGGGGCUGGGCCACCUGGACCGCGACACGAACGAGAUCACGCAGUGCCUGAACUACAUCCGGGACUACAAAACCGACAAGUACGGCAGCCCAGGCAAGAUUGUCUUGAUGGGCCACUCGACCGGCAGCCAGUGCGUGCUGCACUACCUGCACCGGCCCAACCCAUUCACGACCAACCACCGGUUCGACAGCGAGCUCGAGCAUCUGGAGCGCAUGCCGCUGGACGGCGCCAUCAUGCAAGCGCCCGUCUCCGACCGCGAGGCCAUCCAGUGGGUCCUGCACUGGGGGUUCAACGGCAAGACGCCCAGCGAGGUGAAGGCGGUCUACGACCAGGCCGAAGCGAUGGCGCGCGAAGCCCUGCGCGACAAGGACCCCAAGUUCGACACCAUCCUGCCGCUCGAGGUCACCGCCAACAUCUGCUACGGCGCCAACGUCCCCAUCAGCGCCCGUCGCUUCCUGAGUCUCGUCAGCCCGGACAGCCCCGCCACCCCGCAGGAGGACGACCUGUUCAGCUCCGAUCUGAGCGACGAGCACCUGAAGACGACCUUUGGGCGCAUCCGCGACUCCGGUCUGCUGCGCCACCGGCUGAUGGUGUUGUUCUCCGGCGCCGACCAGGCGGUGCCGGACUGGAUCGACAAGGAGAAGCUCAUGGCCCGCUGGCGCGACGCCACAAACCACAACGGCGAGGUGCAGAUCUGGGAUGAUGAGCAUAGCGGACUCAUCCCGAAUGCCUCGCACGCGCUCAGUAAUGAUGAUCAGGCGGAGCCGCGGAAGUUCCUGUGUGAGCGGGUGAUGAGUUACCUGCGUACGGUGGUGGAGAACUGAUAGAGGAUGUUUGCUGUUCUUGGUUUCUUUUAGCGUGCGUGUAAUGUUAGUGCU